GAUAAUUUCACGUAUAGGUAGGUCCAAAAUCAGUCCCCCUUGGAAGUUUCAGCAACAAAACUCUGUAGACGUAAACGAAGAGAAGAGAAGAACAGCCAUGGCGAACAGCCCAUCGGAUCUACCGACGGCGACGUCCGAUCUGCCGUCGGAGAUGACGAUCGAAAUCCUAUCGAGGUUGCCAGUGAAAUCCCUCUUGCGAUUCAAGUCCGUGUGCAAAACCUGGUACGAUCUCAUCGAAACCCCUGAUUUUAUUUCCAAACAUCUUCAAACCCAGUCCACUCUCAAUCCCCCCUCUGUCCUCGUAACCUCUUACCAUCGUGAAACCCAGAAACACACAGCGUCUUUGUUCUUCAAUGUUGGGUUUAUUAACGGCGCUGUCAAUCUCGAUUUCCCCUUGUUGGAUCGGAUUGAUAGUAAAAAUUCUGGGCGAAGACGUUUCCCUGUUUCUGUUGGGACCUGUAAUGGUUUGGUUUGCAUAAGUCUAUCUCACUAUGGAUUUCCCUUGAUUCUAUGGAAUCCCUGCACCAGACAGUUUCGGGAAAUUCCAAAUUCCGAAUGGCAAUGGUUGGAUGAUCCUUAUCCGGAUGACAAUGGUGAUAAGAUGGUUGACGGGGUUAGUUUUGGGUUUGGCUACCACUCCAGUGCUAAUGAUUACAAGUUGAUAAGGAUUGUGGUUUAUUCUAGACCCGAGAGAUUUUUUGUCCGUGCUGACCUGUACACGAUGAGCACUGAAACUUGGAGAGAGAUUGACGUUGAUAAGCUUUCGGUGUUUUUUCAGAAUGAUUUCGGGGGGGUUGGUACCGUUGUGCUUAUUCGUGGAGCUGCUCCAGCAAUGUUGAACGGAGUUUUCUAUUGGCGGGGAUGUAUAAUCUCAACUUAUGCUUCUGAACAGAUUGAAGGACAAGAGAUUGUUAUGUCCUUUGACAUGGCAGAUGAGGUGUUUAGAAAAAUAAGAAUGCCAGUGUGUGGGGAUUAUACUUGGGAUCAAAGUAUUCUCUGGCAAAUUAUAGAAUUGAAGGAUAAACUUGCUGUGUUUAUUUAUCCGGAUGACAAAUGCUGUGACGUGUGGAUGUUGAAUGAAGACCAAAGUUCUUGGACUAACCAAUUUAAAAUUGGAUCUUUUCCAUGGACUGGACAUUAUAUGGGAGCAUACGAAAAAUGUGAAAUCAGUAUAGUGGGAUGUGCGAAAAAUGGUGAAUUGGUAGUCGUAGACCAUAAAGCAUCUGGUGAUUUCAAGCUCUUUUCGUAUGAUUUGAAGACCCGGGAUACUGCAGAUCUUUAUUUUGGUUGGUUUCCGUAUCGAUGUGGUAUUUACUUGUAUACUGGGACCCUGCUUCCAGUCAUGGAAACCAAUGAAGUUGUGCUCAACAAGAACCACACAAAAAAGGAAGCAUGGAAUUUGUGGAACUGACUCAGUACUCCGUCAAUGGACCGAAUUAGAUCCAGAUUCAAUUAGCAAACAAUGAUGACAAACAAUGAUGAAUUGCUGAGCCAAGUCCUAGCAAGGAAAAUGGAACUGCAAAAAUGGGACUUCCAUUUCAGGAGAGAUCUUUGUGAUUGGGAACUGGUGAAAUUGGAUGAGUUGAAUGAGCUUCUGGAUCAAUCUGGGGUUGCUGAACCAAGAGAUGUACCUGAUCAACUUCUAUGGCAGGCCACUAGCUCUGGUAAAUUCUCUGUUAAAUCCAUCUACAAUUUAGCAUUUUCAUCUCAUUCAAAUCAUGAUGAAACUUUUGAACUCAUCUGGAAGAAUGUGGCUCCACCUAGAGUGAAAUUUUUGGUUGGCUAGCAUACUUGGGAAGAAUCAAAACUUCUGAAUUUUUGUUGAGGAUUGGGAUUAUUCAGAGUGAUGAGGAUACCUUGUGCAAAUUUUGUAAGGAAAGCUUGGAAUCUGUUGAUCAUCUCCUAUAUUUUUGCAAACCUGUAUGGGAUACCUGGACAGAGAUUUUACCAUGGUGGGGUAUGCAAUGGGUGCCCCCACCAACUUUUGCAGGCGUACUCCAUUGGUGGAAGGCUGGGAUUAUCAAGUCGAAGCAUAAAAUUAUUUGGGAGUCUAUUCCAUUUACAGUGAUUUGGACUGUGUGGGAUGCUAGAAAUCAGCUGGUUUUUGAAAACAAGACUGUGGUUUGUCAAGUCAAAGCAUAAAAUUAUUUGGGAGUCUAUUCCAUUAAAGUGAUUUGGACUGUGUGGGAUGCUAGAAAUCAGCUGGUUUUUGAAAACAAGACUGUGGAUUGGAUGGAAACUACUGACCUCAUUAAAGCAAGGGUGGCUUUUUGGGUGACAUCAAACAAGGAGGGGUCUGUAUACUCAAUGGACGAUAUCAUAUUCAGGCUUCACUCUAAUGUGAAAUCCGGAUAACUCAGUUGUGUGUGUGUUGUGUGGGUGCGUUGUGUGUGUGUGUGUCUCCUGGGUGUGUGUGUUGUGCAUCUGGGUGUGCGUGUGUG